GGCGAGUCAAGAUGGCUACCGGAGCCUGAAGGCGGCUGCUGAGCAGAGGCGGGUGGGAGGAAGUGCCGGCAGGGCCAGGCGUCCCUCCGGUGGGCGACAGCUGUCUGCCGCCGCUCCUGAAGUUUCCCUUCGCCAGAGCCACCCCCUAGCCUCUCCUGGGCACGCCCACAACCCCCAAAAGUGACCCCCGCCCAGCCCCUCAGAAUCCCCACCCGGCGCCUCCUCAGGCGAGAUAACUUUUAUUGCCGCUGCUCUUUGUGCGCCUAGUGGCUUCCUCUGCUGCGCUUCUAGGGAGGCGUGGAACCCGUGUCCUCUCUUUCGCCGCGCCUUCGCCAUGGCCCUGACCCUCUUCGGCUAGGAGGGAGGAGACUGAUCUGAUGUCACUGAGGAGAGAGUUCCAUAGCUGAGGGGCCACCACUGAGAAGGCCCUGUCUCUCGUUCCAUCAGUUACACCUGCAAAGAAGAGCCUCCUUGGAUGAUCUUAAUGUCCAAGGUGAUUCAUAGGGAGAGAUAUGUUCGAACAGAUACUGAUGAGUACAGGCCACCAGUAUGGAAAUCUUACUGUAGAUAAAAGGCCAAAAUACUAUGGACGAGAGUUUCAUGGGAUGAUAUCAAGAGAAAAAGCAGAUCAAUUAUUGAGCAUAGCAGAGGGAAGUUAUCUUAUUCGUGAAAGCCAGCGGCAACCUGGAACAUACACUUUGGCUUUAAGAUUUGGAAACCAGACCAGAAACUUCAGGCUGUACUAUGAUGGAAAACACUUUGUCGGCGAAAAACGUUUUGAGUCCAUCCACGAUCUGGUGACAGAUGGAUUGAUCACCCUUUAUAUUGAAACCAAGGCAGCAGAAUACAUUGCCAAGAUGACCAUAAAUCCAAUUUAUGAACACAUAGGAUAUACAACUUUAAGCAGAGAGCCAACAAAUAAGAAGCAUACAGUAGCUGUAAGAGAUACGUUUGAUGGCAAAGAGUCUGCAGGAGACAAUGACACAGUAGAAAAAAGACUGACAUCACUUGUCAGAAGAGCAACUCUAAAAGAAAAUGAGCACAUCCCAAAAUAUGAGAAGGUUCACAGUUUCAAGGUUCACACAUUUAGGGGUCCACACUGGUGUGAAUAUUGUGCCAACUUCAUGUGGGGCCUCAUUGCUCAGGGAGUGAAAUGUGCAGAUUGUGGUUUAAAUGUUCAUAAGCAAUGUUCCAAGAUGGUCCCAAACGACUGCAAGCCAGACCUGAAGCAUGUCAAAAAAGUUUAUAGCUGUGAUCUGACAACGCUAGUGAAAGCGCACUUCACGAAAAGACCAAUGGUGGUAGACAUGUGCAUUAGGGAGAUUGAAUCUAGAGGUCUCAAUUCUGAAGGACUGUACAGAGUAUCAGGAUUCAGUGAUUUAAUUGAAGAUGUCAAAAUGGCUUUUGAUCGAGAUGGAGAAAAAGCAGAUAUUUCUGUUAAUAUGUAUGAAGAUAUCAAUAUUAUCACAGGUGCUCUUAAACUGUACUUCAGGGAUUUACCAAUUCCACUCAUUACAUAUGAUGCCUACCCCAAAUUUAUAGAAUCUGCAAAAUCCACGGAUCAUGAUGAACAGCUGGAAAUACUUCAUGAAGCACUGAACCUGCUGCCACCUGCACACUGUGAAACCUUACAUUACCUCAUGGCACAUUUAAAGAGGGUAACACUCCAUGAAAAAGAGAAUCUCAUGAACUCGGAGAACCUUGGCAUCGUUUUUGGGCCGACACUAAUGCGAGCACCAGAGCUUGAUGCAAUGGCUGCCCUGAAUGAUAUCCGUUACCAGAGACUUGUGGUAGAGAUGCUUAUAAAAAAUGAAGACAUUUUAUUUUGAACCUGUUUGUGAGUGUUUACACCAAGGUUUUAAAUGGAUAGCAGUGGAAAUCUGGGGAUGAUGAAGGACUGUUUGAAGUAACUGAGCCAGCUCCCGUAACUGAAUUGUGAGAUUUCGGUGUAUGAAAGAUGCUUAUUCUGUUGCUUUUGUGGCAUAAUUUAAUCCAUGCUGGGAAAAGAUCAACACAUAUUAUACUUUCCAACACUGAUGGGUCUGAGUUGUUUUCUCAUAUAGUGCAGGAAAUACAAGCUUAUGUGAUCUGCUUCUUGCUCCCCCUCCCUUGUGAGAUUUCUUGUACAAACAAUACAAUACAAACAGCACAGUAUCUGCUUUCUGGAAUAGUCUGUGAUGUACUUUAGCAUGUUUUCUUAGCAUACAUUUGUUGUGGGUUUUUUUCUACAUUCCAUCAUUGGUUUCAGAUAUUUCAUGUAAGCCGCCCUGAGUCCCUUCGGGUGAGAAGGGCGGAAUAUAAAUAUUGGAAAUAAAUAAAUAAAUGUGAACCACGAGGGAAGGGUGAGGGGGAGCAGACCGCAGGGAGGCCCAACCUUUGGCUGGUCAGGAACAUCAGCUGUUGUUCUUUUCCAGCUUUGAGAGAUAAUUUCUUCUAAGGUUAGAUGGCAUUCAUUAAAUGGAGGAACGCGUUUUCUUGUACUGGAAGCGUUCUGACUGCCACUUUAAGUAAUACCUUUCUGUAUGGUUCCAGUUAAAGAUGGAAAUGCUCAAUGAGUGAGGAUUGUUUUGUUGUUGUCAUUGUUUUAAAAUUGUCAUUUUUAUUUUUAUUGGGCAUGCAUAUUAAUUUAUUAAAGUUUUGCUUUAGAAUCGCA